AUGAGUUACGACAGAGCCAUUACUGUCUUCUCGCCUGAUGGGCACCUUCUUCAGGUCGAGUAUGCCAUGGAGGCCGUGCGUCGCGGAGGCUGCGCCAUCGGCGUCACCGGCAAAGACUUGGUCGUUCUCGCAGUCGAGAAGAAGGCAGCGGCGCGCCUGCAGGAGCCUCGGACGGCGCGCAAAGUCGUGAUGCUGGACGAGAAUCUCUGUCUGGCCUUCGCGGGGCUGCAUGCGGAUGCGCGUGUGCUGAUCAACAAAACGCGCGUGGAGUGUCAGUCUUACAGACUCAACACCGCGACCGCGCCGUCUGUCGACUACGUCGCGAAGUUCAUCGCGCAAGUUCAACAGAAAUACACCCACCGCGGAGGCGUGCGGCCCUUCGGCCUGAGCUGCUUGAUUGCCGGCGCGGAGCAUGACGGCACCAUCGCCCUGUAUCAGACUGAGCCCUCCGGAAUCUGCGCCAAGUGGAAGGCACAAGCCAUGGGCAAGAACUACAAAACGGUUCAAGAGUACCUCGAGAAGAACUACACGGCCGACUUGGAUGAGGAGGGCGCGAUCCAGUUGGCUGUCGGCGCGCUGAUGGAAGUCGUCGAGGCGGGACAUCGCCACAUCGAGGUCGCAGUGGUGAAGAAGGAGGAGUUUUUCUUCCUCGACGAAGAGCGCCUGGAAAAGGAGGUUCAGCGCAUCGAGUCGCUGAAGAACUCGGAAGAAGAGAACAAGAGCAACGCGUAG